AUGCAACGUUCCAGUACGAGAAAUGAUUUCAUGUCACUUCUGAAGAAAAUCAUUCUCUUCGAUGAGGCACCUGACCCCUUCAGACAGAUGCUCUGCGAAGCAGUGGUGCCUGCAGAAUACUCCGGUGGAAUUCUCUAUCGCCAGGGUGAACCAGGUGAUUGGAUGGUCAUCGUGCUGUCUGGAAGACUGGAGAAGUCGAUCCUUCAACAUCCAUCUUCGCCAGAAAUUUCCAUUGGUGAAGUGGGUCCAGGAGGAAUUUGUGGAGACAUGGGCAUGCUGGGUGUGAGCAAAGUUCGAAGCCACAGCUGCAAAUGCAUCGAGCAAUCCUCCCUGCUGCUGCUUUCCAAAACAGCGUUUCGUGCCCUGGUCGACAUGACAGGAGGAAUUGAGAAGUACCCUCUCCUACAGCAGUUGGAGACGAUGCAGAACCUGACAGGUGACACUGAGUCCUUUUACGGCCUUCCGUGCUUUCGAAAGAUGGAGCGGGAGUGUGUCAAGAAAACCUGCGAAUUCCUGGAGCCAAGGUUGUACUAUCCUGGAAUGGCCCUGAUGAAGGAAGGGGAAAUGGGCUUUGAGAUGUUCAUCGUCUACUCGGGCAAGGUCGAAGUCCUGAAGGGGAGCAUGAGGGUUGCAGAACUUGGUGGUGGAGUGGUGCUCGGUGACGUUGCCGUUUUUGGCUCCGACAAGCGCAGAACGGCAACCGUGAAAUGCCUUGAGUGCACCUUAGUUUACGUCCUCAACGGGGAGGUGGUCCAUGAGACUUUGGAGCAGUUCCCACGGACCAAGCAGAUCCACGACCACGACUACAUCGCCCGGCUGCUGAGGUUUGAGCUCGAGAAGGCAGCGGAAGAGGUGGAUCACCUUGAGAACUUCUAUGGCAAGUGCCAUCCGAUGAAAACUGAUGAGGUGAGUCGCGACAUUUUUGGUCGUGAUGUGGAUGUCAAAUAA